GCUGCAAUUAGCCCGCUGAAAUUUCAGUUACGUAUUCUCCAUUUUCUGAGCCUGUUGCUUUUUGUUCACGAUGGCCGAAAGACCCGGAAUCCUUGCCCCGUUCCAUAUUAUCAGCUAUGGAACAUUGCUGGGAACUCAGACUUUUCAGACUUUCGUAGGCGGCAUUAUCGCCUUUAAAACCCUCCCCCGUCCCCAGUUUGCUGCGUUGCAAUCAUCGAUCUUCCCAGUAUAUUUCGGCCUGCAGACCCUUUUGCCCUUGGUAGUUGCUGCCACAUAUCCGGGUGAACAAUCAUUUGGUGGGUUUGGUCCUUCAAGUAUUUCCGGUGUUUUAGCCGAAGGCAACCGUCUCUCAACGUUGCUGCCAAUUGCCGUGACCUUUGUUAGCGGUCUCGCAAACAUGUUGGCAUUGGAACCUGCAGCAUCGAAGAUUAAAACUGAGAGGCAGCGACAAGAAUCUAUUGAUGGAAAGAAGUACUACGACCCAGGCCCGCAUUCAAAGGAGAUGAUGAGGCUAAACAAGUCAUUUGGCCGUAUCCAUGGCAUUUCUACUCUGGUCAACCUUGCUGGAUUGGCGGCCACUUUAUAUUAUGGCAAGACCUUGGCCGGACGUUUGGUUUGAUCGACCAUCUAUGUUGCUGCAAGGUGCCGGUUCUGGUUAAACACUUUUAGGUCCAAUUUUCGUGAUAAUUACAACAUCUACAUUGGCCACUGCCGGGGGACAAAGUCAAUAUGACUGGCUAUGAUCUUGAAAAUUGAUGAUCUCUGCUUCCACAGACUGUCUUCGUGGCCUCUUGUUGACUUUUCCGGCUUUUUUCGGGGCGUUUCUAAUCCUAAUGUAUAACAGCCCUGUUAUGCAUUUCCUUUACAUAAGUAUU